AGCCCCUCUAAACAGUGCUGCUGGUCUGGUGUGGGUGGCAUGCGGCGCAGAGAUAGCAGCAGCACUCUCUGUCAUCCCCACAGCCCCUCUAAACGGUGCUGCUGGUCUGGUGUGGGUGGCAUGCGGCGCAGAGAUAGCAGCAGCACUCUCUGUCAUCCCCACAGCCCCUUUAAACGGUGCUGCUGGUCUGGUGUGGGUGGCAUGCGGCGCAGAGAUAGCAGCAGCACUCUCUGUCAUCCCCACAGCCCCUCUAAACGGUGCUGCUGGUCUGGUGUGGGUGGCAUGCGGCGCAGAGAUAGCAGCAGCACUCUCUGUCAUCCCCAUAGCCCCUCUAAACGGUGCUGCUGGUCUGGUGUGGGUGGCAUGCGGCGCAGAGAUAGCAGCAGCACUCUCUGAUAUCCCCACAGCCCCUCUAAACGGUGCUGCUGGUCUGGUGUGGGUGGCAUGCGGCGCAGAGAUUGCAGCAGCACUCUCUGUCAUCCCCACAGCCCCUCUAAACGGUGCUGCUGUUCUGGUGUGGGUGGCAUGCGGCGCAGAGAUUGCAGCAGCACUCUCUGUCAUCCCCACGUGCCCAAUCCCUUCUUUCCGCUUGCUCCUCCCCCCCCUCUCUAUCCCACCCCUCUCCCUCCUCUUCCAGAGCCCCUCUAAACGAGCCCCUCUAAACAGUGCUGCUGGUCUGGUGUGGGUGGCAUGCGGCGCAGAGAUAGCAGCAGCACUCUCUGUCAUCCCCACGUGCCCAAUCCCUUCUUUCCGUUUGCUCCUCCCCCCCCCCUCUCUAUCCCACCCCUCUCCCUCCUCUUCCAGAGCCCCUCUAAACGGUGCUGCUGGUCUGGUGUGGGUGGCAUGCGGCGCAGAGAUAGCAGCAGCACUCUCUGUCAUCCCCACAGCCCCUCUAAACGGUGCUGCUGGUCUGGUGUGGGUGGCAUGCGGCGCAGAGAUAGCAGCAGCACUCUCUGUCAUCCCCACAGCCCCUCUAAAUGGUGCUGCUGGUCUGGUAGCCCCUCUAAACAGUGCUGCUGGUCUGGUGUGGGUGGCAUGCGGCGCAGAGAUAGCAGCAGCACUCUCUGUCAUCCCCACAGCCCCUCUAAACGGUGCUGCUGGUCUGGUGUGGGUGGCAUGCGGCGCAGAGAUAGCAGCAGCACUCUCUGUCAUCCCCACAGCCCCUCUAAACGGUGCUGCUGGUCUGGUGUGGGUGGCAUGCGGCGCAGAGAUAGCAGCAGCACUCUCUGUCAUCCCCACAGCCCCUCUAAACGGUGCUGCUGGUCUGGUGUGGGUGGCAUGCGGCGCAGAGAUAGCAGCAGCACUCUCUGUCAUCCCCAUAGCCCCUCUAAACGGUGCUGCUGGUCUGGUGUGGGUGGCAUGCGGCGCAGAGAUAGCAGCAGCACUCUCUGACAUCCCCACAGCCCCUCUAAACGGUGCUGCUGGUCUGGUGUGGGUGGCAUGCGGCGCAGAGAUUGCAGCAGCACUCUCUGUCAUCCCCACGUGCCCAAUCCCUUCUUUCCACUUGCUCCUCCCCCCCCCCUCUCUAUCCCACCCCUCUCCCUCCUCUUCCAGAGCCCCUCUAAACGGUGCUGCUGUUCUGGUGUGGGUGGCAUGCGGCGCAGAGAUUGCAGCAGCACUCUCUGUCAUCCCCACGUGCCCAAUCCCUUCUUUCCGCUUGCUCCUCCCCCCCCUCUCUAUCCCACCCCUCUCCCUCCUCUUCCAGAGCCCCUCUAAACGAGCCCCUCUAAACGGUGCUGCUGGUCUGGUGUGGGUGGCAUGCGGCGCAGAGAUAGCAGCAGCACUCUCUGUCAUCCCCACAGCCCCUCUAAACGGUGCUUCUGGUCGCGUGUGUGGCAUGCGGCGCCAGCGUGUAGCGGGCCGGGCUGCAGCGGGGCCAUCCGUUGGUUCUUCUCCCACACUCCCCUUCUCCCGCCCCCCGUUUAACUCCCGCCCUCCUCUUCUCUCCCGCCACCCCCUUCUCUCCCGCCCUCCCUUCCUCUACCGCCCUCCCCUUCUCUCCCGCCCUCCCCUUCUCUCCCGCCCUCCCCCUAUCUCCCGCCCACCCCUACUCUCCCGCCCUCUCGCCAUUCAUUCCCCCCCGUCCUCGAUGUUCAUCCAUACCCUUUGGACAACCCUAAACCAUGAGUCAUGCAUGAUCACGGAUGUCUCAUGCUUCCCCGCAUUCUCAUACAUGCGCGCAGGAGGGAAACAGCGGAUUGACCAGGGCCUAUCAAAGGUUAAGAGGACUGACUGGAACGUCUCCAACUCCCACCGGAAGAACAGUGAAUGGAUGGGGGGUUUGCACCGUAAUGUGCGGUGGAUUAUCAAGGACCACUUCACACGCCACACCCCCGUGUACAACACAGACGUGAAGGGCUUCAAGUGGGGCGACCGUGGGCUGUAUGUUCACGAGUCAGGAUUUGAGGCCUUCCGGGGGAAGGCUGAGCUUGAUGCCGAAACGAAGGACCUGAAGGAGGAAGAAAAAGAGGUGUACGACUCGGAGGACAUGGAGGAGGAUAAGGAGGAGGAGGAUGAGGAGGAGGAGGAGGAGGAGGAGGAGGAGGAGGAUGACGAGGAGGAGGACGAGGAGGAGGAGGAGGAGGAGGAGGAGGAGGACGAGGAACAGGGGGCUGCAGAUGAGGCAUGCGUGGAGUUUACAAAAGGGGACAGCAGGAGAGGCAUCACAUACGUGCGAGGAGAGGCAUUGGUGGAGACAGCAAGGGGGGCAUCAGGGAAGGCACGUGUGGAUAGAGAAAGGGGGACAGCAUUACGGAGGGGAGUGGUGCAAGGGCCACAGCAGUAUAGGCAUGACCGGAUAGGACAAAGCAAGCAGCAGUAA